AUGCCCGCUGCUGAACGCCACCUGCCGCCGCCGCUGCUGCUCUUUCUACCGUCGUUGCUUUUGAUUUCUUGCCUGGAUCAUGGGGCGGUGAGAGCAGCGGAGGAGGGCGGCGGCUUGCCCCCCUCUUCGCCUGGGGACAAUGGCCCCACCGCCGCGGUCGGAGACCAGUCAGCCACCGACCCGACUGCCCCGAGGGGGCUUCUCACCCCCUCCGCCUUGACGGCAGAUACCCAGUUUGCCCUGAAGGUCCUGGUAAGGGACAUGGUGACUCGACAGCCCCUGCAGGGGGCUUCAGUGGAUGUUUAUGUGAACCACACCUUGAGGAGCUCAGCCCAAACAGGGGAGAGAGGUGAGGUUCUUCUCUCGGUCGCAUACAGUCCAGGAAUCAGUCUGACCCUGGUGGGCAACAUGGAAGGCUACGUCCCCAGUCCCCUGCCCUGGAGCACUACCAAGAGACCAAUUUUCUCUGCUGUGACGCUGCUGCUGCUCCCUCACAGCCAAGGGAACAUCUGGCUGUUUGAAGACUCGGUCCUCAUCACCAGGAAACUACCUGACAGCUCCUCUCAGCCAAAGGUUAAGUUCCCCAAGAACCUCCUAACAAUCUCUGACAAGAGCAACAUCUCCUCAGUGACAGCCUACCUGACAGUGCCACAGCACCACCUAGCAAAGGACUGCGUCAACUGUACUCCAGGCGUCAUCAUCAACAAAUCAGUGUUCAGAAGCAUCGAGCUGAAGGCGGUGGCAGCUGUCAGCAUCCUGCUGUACUCUGGUGGUGAGGAGCUCCAAGUUCGAGGACCGAUCCAAAUCAGCAUGCCCCUGGGACACAACACCCACUUCCGAGCCUCUGAUACUGUGCCAGCCUGGGCUUUCAAUCUGAAGAUGGGUGCCUGGGAGAAUCAAGGUCUGGGAAUAGUGAAAGCAGUUGGUGAUGAGCUGGUUUGGACCUACACCGCUUCCCACCUCGGCUACUGGAUCGCUGCCCCAGUGCCCUCUUCAAACGAUUAUAUGGGACAUGGAAGCUCUCUGGAAUUCAUAUCAUACCACACCUACCUGCUGAUGGGAAUAAUGGGAGGAACGCUGGCUAUCGUGAUUGGGUUUCUCUCUGUGUUGCUGUGUCACUGCGGAGGUUCACAUCGAGAGCCCAGGAGGAGGAGAGCACGUUUUUCCAAACUCACAGUGGUGAAAAAAGACCAAACCACCUCCACUCACAUGGAGGAGGGUUUGCUGUUCCAUUCUGGCAACAACAGCCUCGCCUCCUGCAGCGUCCAGUGUGAGCCCUCGUCCACGCCGAGGCACAAAGCCAACUACAACAUCUACGUGGAGGACCCUGGGAGUCGCUCAGCAGCUUCUCUUUAUGAGAAUAUCACUCUGGAUCGGAUCAAAGGUCCCCAGCAGAUUUCUCACUACAUCAACAGUGAAGAUGUGGCUCGGCUUCGGGAGAAAUCGGAACAGAACCGGGCUAACAUCAACUCUGACUCUAACUUCUUUCAAGAUAAGCUGGUUCAUAUCUACAACCAGCCAGUGGCCAUUAUUCAGGCCCCUGAGCUUUUCAGUGCUCAGGAGCAGCAAAUGUUAGGCUGUAAAUCUGCUACUUUCCCCCGCAAUGGAGUUGAGUAUGAUGCUCACACAGAGCCUGCAAGUAAAGACAGCUACACCCAGACACUGCCCAAAGUCCCUCACCACCACUCCCAAGGUAGAAGCAGCCCACAGAAGAGCAACCAAGACGAGCCUCAGCCUCUCGAGACUCCUCCCCAAAGCCAAGGCCCUAACCCUGUUGUGUGGGGAUGCUACAGUAACCUCCUUGAAUCUUCCGUCUCUGUGCCUGGGACUCUCAAUGAGGCAGCUGGUAUGGAGGCCUUCAGCAGUGGGCACGGUGUGCCCAGCGAGCUGCAGGGGAUCUCAGAGCGCACCUUGCUAGAGCUGACCCGGGGCAAGUCCUCAUCAUCUCACCCAAGGGCCUGGUUCGUAUCAUUAGACGGGAAGCCGGCUGCCCAGGUACGUCACUCCAUCAUUGAGCUGCAGAGCCGCCACCGCCCGCCUAGCAGCAACGACACCAGCCUGGACUCGGGGGUGGACAUGAACGAGCCCCUGCAGAACAUCCGCGAGGCAGAACGCGACAGGCCUUCCAUCAGGGCCUCUUCGCUGCCGUACCACAGCCGGGGGCGGUACUGUGAAGAGCAGGACCUGAGCAGUAGUGAGAGUGGCAACACUGCUACCUGUACGCCAGAGGACCCUUCCCUGAGAAACAUUUUAGAUGGGAGCAGUGGGGCUAUUCCCAAUAUUCCUGAGGAGCGAGACGGGAUGGAUACAUCCAGCGCUCAGGAGGACAGCGAGUCCAGAGGGACGCCUCCUCCACGGCGCCUGAGGAAGGUGAGGGAGAAGGGGAAAACGGAAAAGAGGAGUGCUAAGCAUGUCCGCGAGGGGAGACCUCUGACCAAGCGAAGUUAG